UGCACUAAUUUUCACAUGAUUAUCGAUCACUAUACGCUUUUGAUUACGGCAAGGCGCGGCUAUGCUUAUUUUUAGUCUACGAACUGUUAAUUGUUAUGAAUAAUAUUGUUUACAAACGACUUAUAAUCAGCUCAGCAUUUCAUAGUAGAAUCAUGCUCGUACUGGUGACCGCUCUGGUGUCCACCGCCACCACCGGCAUUUAGAGCUUUGUAGGAUGGGCAGAACUUCUGCAAUCUACACCAUCAUAUGAAUAGAAGUAAUGAUGGAUUGUACAAUGGUUACCUUUAUGCGGUAGAUUCGGUGUGUUUUGUGUACAGAUACUGUGCAACUGAUGGAUAUCAAUUUCCGCUUUUACAUUGCAAAGAAUUUGUCUUACUUAAAGACAUCCGGCCUUACUAUCACUUGUUUCUAAGUAAAUGCUCAUCCCGUUUUUAACUGCUGCAGUAUUAUAUUUUGUGCAACCAGAUCCGCGUCGGCAUUUCCAAAUACAUCUCGUACGUAUCUAAUUUUGACGUGAAUUACCCAGAUGUAAAUCAUGGAAAUAUCUUGUGCAGCUUGCUUGUUACGAGUUCUCAAUUCUCUCGAUGAGUGUCCGAACUGUGUUUUGUUUGUUGAACUAUGCUAUCAAAACCGGUGUCCUCCUAAUUUUACGAUGUACAUUUUACCAAUCAACAAGAGGUACGAUCCUUAACGAUUUCGCGUGCCAACGCAAAGCGGGUAAAAUUUACGAAGCAUGAACGACAGCUUUUAUUUCACUACCCUUGAAAACUCCACCUCGUCUAACUACUUCCAUCCACUCGAUACCGUACCCUACGGUGUAAUGAGCAUUCCCUUGGAACUUGUCGGUAUCAUUGGCUCUAUCGUCUUUCUACAUGAACUGCAUCAGAACACCAAAAAUCGCACCUCCGCCUCGGCCAUGUUUGUCAAUCUCUGCCUGGCCACAUUAUUACAAACCGCCGUGACCUCUCCUCUGCAAACCUACACUUUUUUGACAGGCGUCCCCAACGGAUUGUCGCGGCCGGAGCGGGCCGGACUAUGUAAAGGAGUGGCCUUUAUCUAUUUGGUUUCCGUCAAAGCGGUCAUAUUGUGUCAAGCAUCCAUUGCGCUCAAUCGGUUAUUCUUUGUCAUCUUUGUCACCAGAUUCCCUAUUCUCCAAUCCAGACCGGUCAUCAUUAGCCUUCUGGCGUUUCCAUGGUUGAUCAGUGUCCUCUCGCACUGUCUGCCGUUGUUCAACGUGGGCGGGGCGUACGGUUACAGUGUCCUGACCAAUAAGUGCAGCUACAUCCGCAACGAGGGUGCGGUCAUGCAUUUUCAGCGCAGCUUUGUCACCGUGCUGGCUUUGUUCAUUAUUGUUGUGUCGUACACGGCGGUGUCGGUGAAGAUUUUCCACGUACAGCACCGUCUGCUGAAAAUCCGUCCGCUGCACCGUGAAGAAAUAGCCACAACUAAUAUGGCUUCCAUUAAUAGCACCGGAAAUGGAUCAUUAGCAACGGUUGGUAAUCCGAAGGCACUGCGUCAGAUGCGGAGGGAAAUUCGAGCCGCGAAGAUUGCACUGCUGAGCUCUAGUGUUUUUGUGGCUUGCUAUUUGCCGACCACACUGCUUAGCUUUGUGUCCGGAAAUAAUCGGCGGGAGCUCCUGUCGCCACUGGGAAUGUCAUUAUUAAUGGUGCAGUCGAUCGGCAUAUCUAUUAGUCCCUGGUUGGCCUGUUUGCUCCACGGAGAGUUUGACAAUAAACUGAGCCGGGAUUUCUUGAAAUGGUUGGAAACCAACGCAUACAUCAACCAUUCGCGAAACCGCCGGGACCAUUCCCAUAACGUGGACGGCUUUGAGAUUUCCAGUGUGAAUCGCUCAGCAAGCCACAGCGCGAAUAAACGUCUUAUUCAACUUUUGUAACUACCCAUGCCAGUAGCUACGGGAUGUAUUGUAUAAUUACAGUAAUUUUGUAUUAAUACUUACGGUUUAUAAGUGUACGUUAACUCGUUAUUGGCGUACGUGUAUAUAAUAUACUAAUACGUCUAACACGUGCAGCUCAGAG